CGGGGGCGAGCGGAGGCGCAGACGGUGGCGGAGAGGAGCGGAGGCGCCCCAUGGGGAACACGCUGACCUGUUGCGUGUCCCCCAAUGCCAGCCCCAAGUUGGGCCGGCGCGCGGGGCCGGCGGAGCCGGACUACGAGUCCGAGGUCUACGAGGCGGCGGCCGGCGACGCGGUGGCUGUGGCGCCGGCACCCGCUGCCGUGGAGCCCACCGAGUUGGAUUUCGGAGCCGGCGAGGGCCACCACCUGCAGCACAUAAGCGACCGGGAGAUGCCCGAAGAUCUAGCUUUGGAAUCAAACCCUUCUGAUCAUCCAAGGGCAAGCACAAUUUUCCUGAGCAAAUCUCAAACAGAUGUGCGAGAAAAGAGGAAGAGCAACCAUUUAAACCAUGUAUCUCCAGGGCAGCUUACUAAAAAGUAUAGCUCAUGCUCAACAAUAUUUCUAGAUGACAGCACAGUCAGCCAGCCUAAUCUUAGAACCACAAUAAAAUGUGUGACCUUAGCAAUAUAUUACCACAUAAAGAACAGAGAUGCAAAUAGAUCCCUGGAUAUUUUUGAUGAGAGAUCACAUCCACUCACACGAGAAAAGGUUCCGGAGGAGUACUUUAAGCAUGAUCCUGAACACAAAUUUAUUUACAGAUUUGUUCGUACGCUUUUCAGUGCUGCACAGCUUACAGCUGAAUGUGCAAUAGUCACUUUGGUUUACUUAGAAAGACUUUUAACUUAUGCUGAGAUCGACAUUUGUCCCACUAACUGGAAAAGAAUUGUCUUGGGAGCCAUUCUUCUCGCCUCCAAAGUUUGGGACGAUCAGGCUGUGUGGAAUGUGGACUACUGCCAGAUCCUCAAGGACAUCACGGUUGAGGACAUGAAUGAGAUGGAACGGCAUUUUUUGGAGCUACUUCAGUUUAAUAUUAAUGUUCCUGCCAGUGUUUAUGCCAAAUACUACUUUGACCUUCGCUCCUUAGCAGAUGACAACAAUCUGAAUUUUCUGUUUGCUCCUCUCAGCAAGGAAAGAGCACAGAACCUAGAGGCCAUUUCCAGAUUGUGUGAAGACAAAUACAAAGACUUGUGUAGAGCUGCUAUGAGACGAUCUUUCAGCGCUGAUAAUUUCAUUGGCAUUCAGCGCUCUAAUGCUAUCCUCUCUUAAAGGGAGUAAUGAGAGGGUUCUAACAUCCUCAAUCCCUCAUCUACAAGGACUGGAGAAUUGUCACCUCUCCCGCUCAAAAACCAGCAAAGUUAGAAUUUUCACCGAAAAGAAAGACAUGGAAUUCAAGAGACUUGUGGACAAUGAGGAGGAUUGCACUCCAUAGGAAAGAAUGGGACCUUGUUAAUGCAACAACACACUCUUCUGUCCUUUUUAAUGUAAACAGAGUUAAAAAAAAAAAAAACCACUUCAGAAAGGGAAAGCUCCCAACCCACACACAGAUAUUUGCUUACUAUGUAGGCCAAUAGCUGUGAACUACAUGAGGUUUUUUUUUUUUUUUUUUUAUUAAUAGUUAAAAUUUUUAGACAUUA